CGGGGCUUGGCCUGAGGGAGCGAGGGCGCGCGUGUCCGCCCGGCCGCCAGUGUGUGAGGCGAGAGCCGGCGUCGUCGUCGUCGUCUUCCUCCUCCUCCGCCUCGUCCUCCUCGGGCCCCACUGAGGCGGCGAUGAUGUCGGUGCGCGUGGCGGCCCCUCCGGCCGUGGAGCUGAAAGAGCUGGGCGGCGGGCCGCUGGACAAGGCCGGAGGAGGCGGCGGCGGCGGCGGCGGAGGGGGGUCCGGGGCCUGCGCUCAGGCCGCCUCCGCGCCGCCCAACCCGCCGCCUCAGCCGCCCGCCGAGUCCGGCCCGCCGGUCGCGGCAGGCGGAGGCGCGCCGGCCCCCGCCAAGGCGCCUCAGGCUUCGGCCAUGAAGCGCAGCGAGCCCGCGCCUCAGGCUUCCUCUCGGGCCCAGCAGCAGCAGCAGCAGCAGCCUCGGCUGGCCGGAGACGGGGGCGACAGCAGCGGCGGCGGCGCGGGCGGGCAGCUGGGCGAGGCCCUGGUCAGCCCCGACGGGACCGUCACGGAGGCGCCGCGCACCGUCAAGAAGAUCCAGUUUGCGGACCAAAAGCAAGAAUUCAACAAGCGCCCCACAAAGAUUGGCCGCCGUUCCCUGUCCCGAUCCAUCUCUCAGUCAUCAACGGAUAGCUACAGCUCUGCUGCCUCCUACACAGACAGCUCUGAUGAUGAGACCUCCCCCCGGGACAAGCAGCAGAAGAACACCAAAGGCAGCAGUGACUUCUGCGUGAAAAAUAUCAAGCAGGCUGAAUUUGGGCGCCGGGAAAUAGAAAUUGCCGAGCAAGAAAUGCCUGCGCUCAUGGCCUUGAGGAAACGAGCUCAGGGAGAGAAGCCAUUGGCUGGAGCCAAGAUCGUGGGCUGUACGCACAUCACAGCCCAGACUGCUGUUCUCAUGGAAACCCUUGGUGCCUUGGGUGCUCAGUGCCGGUGGGCGGCCUGCAACAUCUACUCCACCCUCAAUGAAGUAGCUGCUGCGCUGGCUGAGAGUGGAUUCUCCGUUUUUGCCUGGAAGGGAGAAUCUGAGGAUGACUUCUGGUGGUGCAUUGAUCGCUGCGUCAAUGUUGAAGGGUGGCAGCCAAAUAUGAUCUUAGACGAUGGUGGGGAUCUCACACACUGGAUCUACAAGAAGUACCCCAACAUGUUUAAGAAGAUCAAGGGGAUCGUAGAGGAGAGUGUCACUGGCGUCCACAGAUUGUAUCAGCUAUCAAAGGCAGGCAAGCUGUGCGUCCCAGCUAUGAAUGUCAAUGACUCUGUCACCAAGCAGAAGUUUGACAACCUCUAUUGCUGCCGGGAAUCCAUUUUAGAUGGCCUUAAAAGGACAACCGAUAUGAUGUUUGGAGGAAAGCAAGUCGUAGUCUGUGGCUACGGAGAGGUGGGCAAGGGCUGCUGCGCUGCACUGAAGGCCAUGGGCUCCAUUGUGUACGUGACAGAGAUCGACCCCAUUUGUGCCCUGCAAGCCUGCAUGGACGGCUUCCGUCUUGUGAAACUGAACGAAGUGAUUCGGCAAGUCGACAUUGUUAUCACUUGCACAGGUAACAAAAACGUAGUGACCAGAGAACAUCUUGACAGAAUGAAGAACAGUUGCAUCGUUUGUAACAUGGGGCAUUCCAACACUGAAAUUGACGUGGCCAGCUUGCGUACUCCGGAGCUGACAUGGGAGCGGGUGAGGUCUCAGGUAGACCAUGUGAUUUGGCCUGACGGGAAGAGGAUAGUGCUGCUGGCAGAGGGGCGCUUGCUGAACCUGAGCUGCUCCACAGUUCCAACCUUUGUGCUGUCAAUAACAGCGACUACCCAGGCUCUGGCCUUGAUAGAGCUCUACAACGCCCCGGAAGGACGCUACAAGCAGGACGUCUACCUGCUCCCUAAAAAAAUGGAUGAGUACGUGGCAAGUCUUCAUCUCCCAACAUUCGACGCACACCUGACGGAGCUUUCGGAUGAGCAAGCGAAAUACUUGGGUCUAAAUAAACACGGGCCUUUCAAACCAAACUACUACAGGUAUUAAUUUCCUGUGGCUGUAGCUGGAAGGAAGAGGAGGAGCAAAAACCUCAAGACCUCUCUCGGCUACCGUGCAGGACAAACCAGUACAAGCUUCUGAACAUAGAACCAGGCUUGCUGCCGUAGUACACAGUGUGUUAGGUUAUUUAUUUAUUAAACUAGAAUACUGUAAAUGCGGCCUCUGCCAAUGGUGUUUUUUAAACUGCCAUGGGACUGUGAGAUGAUGGACUUUGGGGGGUGGUUUUUUGGGGGGUGUGGGGAGUGGAAAGCUGUAGUUGGGGGCUGGGGGAAGGAGAGAGAUUGUCUGGCCAAAUGAAUUUUACCGCAGAUUAUGUCAGCUUCAAGCAAUCUUGUUAUCACUGUUAUGUCUAAUCCAGUGUACAAAUUAACAAAGGGGGCUGGAAGAGAGCAGCCAAAGUUGGAUGGGCGUGAGAGAGCCGGGGAGCCAUCGCUCCAAGUUUCCUUCGCUUCUCUCUCUCUCUCUCUCUCUCUGUCUUUCUUGUGUUUUUGCCAUGGCAGUUGGGAAAGCGGCUGCAGAUUUGCUUUAACGUGGAAGCCUCACAAGUCCGCUCCACAUGCUGCUAAGACACUUGCAACCUCAUUGCGGGGGAAACCUUCUUCUGAAUUUAGCUGCUUGUGCAAAGGGGAGGGGCAGCUUCUGGAGAGCAGGCCAGGCAAAUGUUGCCCCCUCCUCUCUCCCCCCCCCCAUGCCUACCUUGCUGGGGUCUGUGGAGCAGGCACCCUUUUUUCGCAUAAGAUCAUUGUUGUGCUUCUGCAAUAGCCUUGCAGGUUUUAUAUGCAAGUCGCGACGAGCUCCCGCCCUCCCUAUGCCUACCAAAGCUUCAUUCUUGCAGGACUUGUGGUGUUGGGGCAUUACGUGCUCCUCCUGACGCCAAGCAGCCAAGCAACUUGUGUUGGCCCCUGCGGAACAGGGCGGUAGAACGCUGGCAGGCCUGCUAGCGAGAACCCUUCUCGUCCCACGAUCCUUCUCUCUGUGCCAAGGGAUUGUAGUCCUUGCUGAGAAUAGACUUUGAGACCCACAUGUAUUUGGUUUUAGGAAACGUCCAAGUCUCUCCCCCCCCCCCCCCGGUUGGGCAGCUGUUGCUUUUUAAACAGGCGCCAUCAACAUCCUGCAAAUGUGACCUGGGCAUUCGUUUGCACAAAUCUGCUUUCCAGUUGUUCGCAGGAGCAGAGCGGGUUCUGUUAGCGUGAAGCGAACCAGGGGUGAAUUUGUCGGUGAUGCUGGGCCUGAGCCAGUGGGAACAUUUGCUGGGCGAGGCACAUUGAAAUGGAUGAGCCUUGAGCUUCCUUGGUCUUGCACGUCUCCCGCGAUCCAUUUUGAAAGCGCCUUGUGCGGGGAUUCUCCUGCUGGGCCGUUCCCGUCGUGUCCCGAUUCUGCUCUAAAGGGAAACCCCACCCAAACGGAUUUUGCCUUUCCAUUGAACUGCCCCAGGCUUCACGGUGUCCUAUGAAAAGAGCGCAGCUGCUCUCAGGUCCUGGGGCAUCUGGUGGAAACAGGAUACUGGCUUUGGGGUAAUCCAGGAGCCAGGCACUUCUGGUGUCCUCAGAUUCAGGCAAGACAACCUCAGGCUGCAUCCAGACCAAUAUUCCUCUUGCAGUUGUUUUUUCCUUUUGUGUCUCUCCAUGCUGGUAUUAUUCUGGCACUGCAGCCAUAGAUUUUUCUUUUUCUACGAUUAUUAACACUCCAAAUUGGCACAGUUGCAGCCAGGGACCCAUACCCAUUUGAAUACAUUUUAUUCAUUUCACCAGUAAAGAGGGAAUGAAUCCCACCUUCGGACGGGGUCACGAAAGACCUGGAUUCAGGGAUGGCUUACCUUUUGCUGAAAGAACUUAGCUCGUGCAUUUGAUCUGCUACCUGAGAUUGUCAGAGCAACAGCAGAGCAAAUUUCCUGGCAGGAGAUAGCUUGAAAAUGGGAAAAGAAAAAGUCUUCCGGUGGAGUCAGGAGAAGGUGGGGCAGAGAAAGGAGCAAAGCUUUUGUUAAUUUAAUUUAAUUUAAGCUUUUGCCGGGGGGGGGGGGAGCGGAGGAGAAGAAAAGAGAAAAUGGGGUGCAGAGAAUUGCAGAACUAGUUGUGGGUGCCUGUCUGGCUUUCUGUGGAAAUCUGCCCAGUCUCUGUACAUCCUUCAUGUUUUCAGUAGCAAAGGUUAGUCCGACUGUGAUGUUUCUGGAGGGCAUGGCUAUGUGAAGAGUUUGACUGUGCAAUUCUUCACCGUUUCUUAAAAAUCUGGUCGUGCAUUUUGUAAUACCAGUGGUGAACUAUAUAGGAAGGAGCUGUUGGGCAGUUUUGUUGCUUUUAGUACAAACUGGGUUCGUUCUUAACUUUUAAAGAAACAAAACACAUUUUUUUUUGCUUCUCUUGAGUAUAGUUUGCACCUGCUUGACUUCCAUCUGUUUGGUAUGUGUGGUGCCUGAGUCCUUGCGGAGGAACUGCCAGGGACGUGCUGCCUGCCCAGACCCCCAGGACACUUGGGGAGCAAGUGGCAAGGAAAUUGGGAAAGAUUGAGGAUUCGGGCCACAUCUCACGCUGGGGGCUGCAUUCACUUCUGCAUAGAGGAUGGUGGAAGGGCCGAUUCUGCGCCCUGCAGUGGGGGAAGUGGCUGUGUGAAUUCACCGCCCUGCUUCUCCUGACUCUUGAGUUGAAUGCUCUUCCACGUGGACUUUGGAAUAUCACGAAGCGCAAGGCCACCUUUGUUUGCUGCCCCCCCAAAUGCCCAGGUCCUUGACUUAGUCUGGCAAGGCCUGUCUUGUCCUCUUAGAUGGAGCAGCGUUGAACCCGCUACAAGAAAUAUGGCUCCAGUCGUCAGGCAGACCGAUUCUCCUAGAGUCUGUCCAAGUCCCUCUCAUCCACCCAGUGUCUCGGCUACCAGGCAUGAUAUACCCUCCCACUUCUCCAGCAAGAGACAACCGUUCUGCCAUGUGACCCCCAAAGUGUGUGACUUGAAAGGGGUGGGUGCAGUCGGGUGGGGAGAAGGGGGUCACCUGUUCAGGGUCUGUCACUAGCAAGAGCGUGUGAUGGUGCUGUCCUCAUUUGUAAAUUUGUUCGCUCUAAAUCAUUUUUAUCUUUGAUGUAGAGAAUGGCGGGAGGGAACAAACAGAAAUGUCCCACAGAAAGGGUUUUAUCUCCUCUGAUUUUCUUUUCUUAAAAAAAUAAAUAAAUCUUCCUCUGUGUUCUGCUUAUUUUCGUUUUAUUUUUUUAUUUGUCUGUAAAGCUAUUUUGCUUGCUCAGCAUUUCCCAAUCAGUCUGGAAUCGCCAUACUUCUGUGAUCAUCUCUAAAUCUUAAGCAAGUGUAAUAAAUGUUUUAUUUUCUAACGUAACAUUUCAAAGACUAUUUAAAAAAGACAGGUAGGAGACACCAGCAAAACAAAAACGCGUCAUAAGGAAAAGCGGCGAAUUGCGAUCCGAAUAUCUGAAACCAGGAAAACAAAAAUCAUGUCAUAAUUCUCCAAUAAGGAAGUUUAAAAAUAAAAAAAACUUAUGAGAUUAUAAUAUUUUCGAAAAAGGAUGUUUUAAAUAUUAAUGUCUGAGUGAUUGUAUUAGAUCAGCAAUAAGGACUCUGUAAUCUCAAAAAUAAAUAAAAUAUUGUAAAAUCCAAA